AUGGAUUCUAUUUGUAAUGGGUCACACAGCUUGAAUGGGGCGGUUCAUUCUAAAGAUUCUAUUUGUAAUGGGUCGCACAGCUUGAAUGGGGCGGUUCAUUCUAAAGAUUCUAUUUGUAAUGGGGCGGUUCAUUCUAAAGAUUCUAUUUGUAAUGGGUUACACAGCUUGAAUGGGGCGGUUCAUUCUAAAGAUUCUAUUUGUAAUGGGUCGCACAGCUUGAAUGGGGCGGUUCAUUCUAAAGAUUCUAUUUGUAAUGGGUCACACAGCUUGAAUGGGGCAGUUCAUUCUAAAGAUUAUAUUUGUAAUGGGUCACACAGCUUGAAUGGGGCGGUUCAUUCUAAAGAUUCUAUUUGUAAUGGGUCGCACAGCUUGAAUGGGGCGGUUCAUUCUAAAGAUUCUAUUUGUAAUGGGUCACACAGCUUGAAUGGGGCGGUUCAUUCUAAAGAUUCUAUUUGUAAUGGGUCACACAGCUUGAAUGGGGCAGUUCAUUCUAAAGAUUCUAUUUGUAAUGGGUCACACAGCUUGAAUGGGGCGGUUCAUUCUAAAGAUUCUAUUUGUAAUGGGUCACACAGCUUGAAUGGGGCGGUUCAUUCUAAAGAUUCACACAGCUUGAAUGGGGCGGUUCAUUCUAAAGAUUCUAUUUGUAAUGGGUCACACAGCUUGAAUGGGGCGGUUCAUUCUAAAGAUUCACACAGCUUGAAUGGGGCGGCUCAUUCUAAAGAUUCUAUUUGUAAUGGGUCACACAGCUUGAAUGGGGCGGUUCAUUCUAAAGAUUCUAUUUGUAAUGGGGCGGUUCAUUCUAAAGAUUCUAUUUGUAAUGGGUUACACAGCUUGAAUGGGGCGGUUCAUUCUAAAGAUUCUAUUUGUAAUGGGUCGCACAGCUUGAAUGGGGCGGUUCAUUCUAAAGAUUCUAUUUGUAAUGGGUCACACAGCUUGAAUGGGGCGGUUCAUUCUAAAGAUUCUAUUUGUAAUGGGUCACACAGCUUGAAUGGGGCGGUUCAUUCUAAAGAUUCUAUUUGUAAUGGGUCGCACAGCUUGAAUGGGGAUUCUAAAGAUUCUAUUUUAUCUCCUGCAACUGUCCCCACCACUGCUCCGUAUCUACAAAAGUGUGCACUUCGGGAGAAAGGAUGA